GCACUGCCAUCUCCCUCUCACUCUCUCCAGCCGCGACCACUACGUCGCGCCCAGUGAACUAUGCCAGGCCUCGUCAGCGACGCUACCCGCAUAUGGGAGCUCAACAUAUACUGGCCAGUCGGCUCGCAAUGUGCGGUCUGGGACCCAAAGAGUAAAGGCGUCGACGUCUGGGAAUGCCUCAGAGCUCACACCGCCUACCAGGGCUCGGGACCGCCGAACCCGCGCUACUGGCGUUACGUGACCCGUCGAUGACCACCCGCGUGCCGAGGCUGAGUCGCAAGGCCCGAAUGGCCGUUGCUCGCCUCAGACGCUCUCGACUAUAAUCAUGAUGCAUGACCCUGAAGGCGAUACACACUCAUUCGUCUCUCAUCACCACCAAACGCGCUCACAUCGCCGUCGAUACGCGCUCGUUCGCCGUGCCAGGCCCGCUCGCUCGCUCUCCUCUGCUCUUCGCAUCAGCCCCCAAGCCCGUACCGUUUGAGAACACGCCCGCAGAACGGUGAGGGGAGGAAUUAGGAAUAGUAGUUUGGGAUAAUUCGGUGAAUUGGCGGGGUUACUGCUCUUGCUUCACAGGACUCUGGAUCGGAGUGAUGCCAUGCGGGGGGGCUGGGGUCAGUCGCGCGCGCAGCUGUCAGUAACACUCUUCUCAUCUCUUCUCAUCUCUUCUCCCGACGCUUUACGCCUAUCGCUUACACAUUUAAUAUGUUGUAUGGAUUAUGCUCUGUUCCAUGUAGCCUUCGUACUCGCUCUCGCCCUUCGAUACCCUGCAUUUGCUGUGCUAGAGUACCGUUUCUCCUGCAAUAAGUUAUCUUGUCC